AAAAGUUUGCAUCGGGGCUGGAUUUUAUUUGCACAUCACAGGAGGAAGAGAAUCCAGCGGAGAGAGGUUGGUGCAAAGCCGCGAUCACGGAAUUCAGAUGUGUUCUAAGCCCGCUGGAGUGACCACACUUCCAAGACCUGAUGGAGGCCAGAGCUCACAGUGGCAGCGGGUCGCAGUCCUUGCUGCAGGCGCCCCGUGACGGUGGCAGGCAGCGCGGGGAGCCCGACCCCCGAGAUGCCCUCACCCAGCAGGUACACGUGCUGUCUCUGGAUCAGAUCAGAGCCAUCCGAAACACCAAUGAGUACACAGAGGGGCCUACUGUGGUCCCGAGACCUGGGCUCAAGCCUGCUCCUCGCCCCUCCACUCAGCACAAACACGAGAGGCUCCACGGUCUGCCCGAGCACCGCCAGCCCCCCAGGCUCCAGCACCCACAGGUCCAUUCUUCCGCACGAGCCUCUCUGUCCAGGUCCAUCAGCACAGUCAGUUCGGGGUCUCGGAGCAGUACGAGGACAAGUACCAGCAGCAGUUCCUCUGAACAGAGACUGUUGGGACCAUCUUUCUCCUCGGGGCCCGUUGCUGAUGGGAUAAUCCGCGUGCAGCCCAAAUCGGAGCUCAAGCCAGGUGAGCUUAAGCCGCUGAGCAAGGAGGAUUUGGGCUUGCACGCCUACAGGUGUGAGGACUGUGGCAAGUGCAAAUGUAAGGAGUGCACCUAUCCUAGGCCUCUGCCAUCAGACUGGAUCUGCGACAAGCAGUGCCUUUGCUCAGCCCAAAACGUGAUUGACUAUGGGACUUGUGUGUGCUGUGUGAAAGGUCUCUUCUAUCACUGUUCUAAUGAUGACGAGGAUAACUGUGCGGACAACCCGUGCUCCUGCAGCCAGUCUCACUGUUGUACACGCUGGUCUGCCAUGGGCGUCAUGUCCCUCUUUCUGCCUUGUUUAUGGUGUUAUCUUCCCGCCAAGGGUUGCCUUAAAUUGUGCCAGGGGUGUUAUGACCGGGUUAACCGGCCUGGAUGCCGCUGUAAAAACUCAAACACGGUUUGUUGCAAAGUUCCCACGGUCCCACCCAGGAACUUUGAAAAACCAACAUAGCACCAUUAAUCAGGAAUAUGACAGUAAUAAGGAUUGACUUUUUUCUUUUUUUUUUUUUUUUCUUAACGCAUAUGCAACCAACUAAACAGAAUCUUGGCACUGUUAAUAGAGGGUUGGGAUAGCCUUCGAUGUUUGCAGUGAACCGCUUUUUGUCCAUGUGCUGUUUUAACUGAUCCGCUUGUUAGGACUCAGCUAAUGGAGCUCAAGGGAUGGGAUACAGAACUUGGGGACCCACGUGUUGCAUAAGCUAAAACAACAGACACUCCCAGGCAAAGUUUUUUGUUUGUGAAUAGUACUUGCAAAAUUUGUAAAUUAGCAGACGACUUUUUUUUUUCCAUUGUUUUCUCCAGAGAUAAUGUGCUAUAUUUUUGUAUAUACAAUAAUAUUUGCAACUGUGAAAAACAUGUUGUGCCAUGCUAUGUGGCACAGUCACAAAAUAUUAUACUAAUAUGUUGUACAUUCGGAAGAAUGUGAAUCAAUCAGUAUGUUUUUAGAUUGUAUUUUGCCUUACAGAAAAGCCUUUAUUGUAAGACUCUGAUUUCCCUUUGGACUUCAUGUAUAUUGUACAGUUACAGUAAAAUUCAACCUUUAUUUUCUAAUUUUUUCAACAUAUUGUUUAGUGUAAAGAAUAUUUAUUUGAAGUUUUAUUAUUUUAUAAAAAAGAAUAUUUAUUUUAAGAGGCAUCUUACAAAUUUUGCCCCUUUUAUGAGGAUGUGAUAGUUGCUGCAAAUGAGGGGUUACAGAUGCAUAUGUUCAAUAUAAAAUAGAAAAUAUAUUAACGUUUGAAAUUAAA